AUGUCCCUCCGCAUCGCCCCCCCAAGCGGUAACGCAACACAGACCAGCAACCUCACAACUCGACAAGCAGGCCUACAAGCCGCCCGCCCAUCAAAGGGCGCCCCUUCAGCCCCAGGUCUGCCCGAUACUCUCCGCAACAAGCUCACGCAGCCCGCAACCGCCCACGCAUCGUCGACAAACGCCGGCGGCGACAUCCCGUCAUCGACACACCCUCUCGAGGCACGUCUGCUGGCAUGGCGGGCAACCCAGGACGCAAUGAAGAUGGAGGGUCUGCGCCGUGCAUACGGAAUUGCCGAGCCAGUCCGUCGCGGCAUGGAGCUGAAGAUCGUGCGGGAUGGCACUUUCCGGCCUGCUGUGCUCGGCGGUAUGAGGGGUGGUAAUAUCCACGAGGAUAUUCUGACUAUUGGAGGUCGGGAUACGGAGUGCCAGUGGGAGGAUAUUUAUCAGGGUGAUGACCUCCGUGAGCCGCCUUCCUUCCAUGAUGAGAUGGAGAAGAGGCUCAAGAUGGAUUUCUAA